UCCAUAAAAAGUAUUAGACGACAUGUUGGACUGAAUUGACCUUUGAAAAUAUUGAGUCAUUUGAUUUAAUUUGAUUUCAUUCAGUCUUUCUUCAUUCUUCAACCAAUCUAUAUUCCCUCAACAAACACACCGCCCUCUUCUCCGGCCACCGUCUACGACGGAGCGCCGUUCUCGCCCUUAUUGUUUCUCAAAAGUCGGUGCUUGUGAAGCUUUUGGCAACCAUCCAUGGAUAAAGUCUUACACAAGCUCCGGAAUUUGGACGCAUACCCAAAAGUCAAUGAAGAUUUUUAUAACCGCACACUCACCGGAGGAGUCGUCACCGUCGUCUCCGCCGCCAUCAUGCUUUUCCUUUUCUUUUCUGAGCUAAGAUUAUAUCUCUACACUGUUACAGAGAGUAAGCUUUUGGUGGAUACUUCAAGGGGAGAAACCUUACACAUCAAUUUUGAUGUCACUUUUCCUGCUGUUCGAUGUUCAAUACUCAGUUUAGACACGAUGGAUAUUAGUGGCGAGCGACAUCAUGAUAUACUGCACAAUAUAAUGAAACAAAGAAUUGACGCUAAUGGUAAUGUGAUAGAAGCUAGGAAGGAGGGAAUCGGUGCACCAAAGAUUGAAAGGCCCUUACAGAAACAUGGUGGCAGACUUGAACAUGAUGAAGAAUAUUGUGGUUCAUGUUUUGGUGCAGAAGAGUCAGAUGACCAUUGUUGUAAUUCUUGUGAAGAAGUUCGCGAGGCAUAUAGAAAGAAGGGCUGGGCACUGACAAAUAUGGAUUUGAUCGAUCAGUGUCAAAGAGAGGGUUUUGUGCAGAAGGUAAAGGAUGAAGAAGGUGAAGGAUGCAAUAUCCAUGGAUCUCUUGAAGUGAAUAAAGUGGCCGGAAAUUUUCAUUUUGCUACUGGCCAAAGCUUUCUUCAGUCAGCUAUCUUUCUGGCUGACCUGCUUGCUUUGCAAGAUAAUCAUUAUAAUAUAAGCCAUCAGAUCAACAAAUUAAGUUUUGGUCACCAUUACCCUGGAUUGGUAAAUCCUCUUGAUGGGGUAAAAUGGUUCCAAGGAACUAGUCAUGGCAUGUACCAGUAUUUCAUAAAGGUGGUUCCUACAGUAUACACAGACAUUAGAGGCCGUGUUAUACAUUCGAAUCAGUAUUCCGUGACCGAGCAUUUCAAGAGUUCAGAAUUGGGCACCGCUGCAGUUCCCGGAGUUUUCUUCUUCUAUGACAUAUCUCCAAUAAAGGUCACCUUUAAAGAGGAACAUAUUCCAUUUUUACACUUCAUGACCAAUAUUUGUGCAAUUAUUGGAGGUAUAUUCACUGUUGCGGGAAUAGUAGAUUCAUCGAUAUACUAUGGCCAGAAAACAAUCAAGAAGAAGAUAGAAAUUGGCAAAUACAGAUAAUGGGAUCAGUUCAUACUAUCCUUCCUACAUGGGAUGCUUUAAUGUCUCAAUUGAGUCUGCUCAUGAUUUUUACUUGCUUUGCUGGUGUAUUGCGUAUCAUUCGUAAUGUGAUUGCAUACGCAUUACACAUAACGACGAUUAAACGAGCUGUAGAUUCAGUUGAUUUUUUAAAUGUAUUUUUUUGGAACUAGAAGAUCAGAGCCCUAGCCAUUUGCGUGAAUUUGAAGCUGAUAAGUUAGUUUCCAAAUAUUUUAGCCCCUUUUCUGUCUUCUCUAUUAAAUGUUCGCAAUUUAAAUAGAGUGAGUUAUUUGAUGAUUAAUAGAAGAAAAAAUCUGCAUUUUUCGGAAAUUUUA